CGAGAGAUGGAGAAAGCUGGCGGAGGUGUGCCUUACAAGGCUUAUCAUGUUUAAUAAGCGAAGAGGUGGUGAGGCUGCUCAAAUGCAGCUUAGCACUUCGAGCAACGCCCGAAUUGGAACAAUGCUCAUAAUAAAGAAAUUUUGGAGUCGCUUUCAAGCAGCGAACGGGAGCUGUGUAAACGAUUUGAUAUGGUGGAGAUUGUGGGGAAAAGGAGACGAAAAGUUCCUGUCAUAAUUACCGAUGACGUAAAGAAAGGAAUCCUUGCUCUCAAUAAAACGAGAAGUGAGGGAGGAGUAGGGAAAGACAACCCGUUUGUCUUUGCGGUAAACAACGGAAAAUCAAAAAAGUCGUUGAGAGGCCACGACGUCAUUACGCGGGUAUGUGGCCAACUAAAGUUAAAGGAGCCUCGCCUGAUUACCUCAACGAAUCUGCGAAAGUAUGUUGCAAACCAUUAGUCAACUGGUAACAUGGGCGAAAGUGAAAUGGGCUGGCUCGCGAGACAUCUUGGCCAUGAUAUUCACGUGCACAAGGACUAUUACCGACUACCUGAUACAACAUUAGAGUUGGCCGUUGUCGGCAAUUUACUCAUGGCUGUCGAUGAAGGCCGAGCACAUCAUUUCAAAGGAAGAAUCCUCGUGAAAUUCGGUUGUCAGAAUUUGAAGAAAACGCAAAACAAACGCCUUUUGAGAAUGAUGCAAGUUGUUUAUCAUCGAAUGCGGCAACUGCAACAACCAGAACGCAAACCAUGUGCACCUUCAAGUACACGAAAACGGACUGAGAGAAAACCAUGGACAACAAAGAAAAAAAUGCGGUGUUUGCGGUGUUUUCAAAGCACAUACGGGAUAAACAUCUCCCAAGAAAGACGAGUGUGUUGCAUUCUUGGAGAGUAACAAAGAAGUGGAGCGUGAUUGGAAGCACGUAAAAGACUUUGUUCGUGGGUGUUGGAAAAGAGGGGAAAAUAAGUCAUCCUCGCGCUGAUUUAAUGUGGACAGUUAACUAAUAGGAACAUAGGUAUA